AUGAAUCCCUCAGAUCAGAUUACAUACUUCCUCUUUUCCUUAGGAUUUUCCUCUACUUCUACCACUGAGUAUCAGAAAAGUGACACUGGAAGCCAUGAGAUGUCUGGUCUGAAUUGGAAACCCUUUGUAUAUGGCGGCCUUGCCUCUAUUGUUGCGGAAUUUGGAACCUUUCCCGUGGACCUAACCAAAACUCGACUGCAGGUUCAAGGCCAAACCAUUGAUGCCCGCUUCAAAGAGAUAAAAUACCGAGGAAUGUUUCAUGCCUUGUUCCGAAUUUAUAAAGAAGAAGGUAUAUUGGCUUUGUAUUCAGGAAUUGCUCCUGCUUUACUAAGACAGGCAUCAUAUGGCACCAUUAAAAUUGGCAUUUAUCAAAGCUUGAAGAAAUUAUUUGUAGAACGUUUAGAAGAUGAAACUCUUCUAAUUAAUAUGAUCUGUGGGGUAGUGUCAGGAGUGAUAUCCUCCACUAUAGCCAAUCCCACCGAUGUACUAAAGAUUCGAAUGCAGGCUCAGGGAAGCUUGUUCCAAGGCAGCAUGAUUGGCAGCUUCAUUGAUAUAUACCAGCAAGAAGGUACCAAGGGCCUGUGGAGGGGUGUCGUCCCAACUGCUCAGCGGGCUGCUAUCGUUGUGGGAGUAGAGCUACCAGUCUAUGAUAUUACGAAGAAGCACUUAAUAUUGUCAGGGGUGAUGGGAGACACAAUUUUAACUCACUUUGUUUCCAGUUUUACAUGUGGCUUGGCUGGGGCUCUGGCUUCUAAUCCAGUUGAUGUGGUUCGAACUCGCAUGAUGAACCAGAGGGCAAUCGUGGGACAUGUGGACCUCUACAAGGGUACUUUGGAUGGUAUUUUAAAGAUGUGGAAGCACGAGGGCUUUUUUGCACUCUAUAAAGGAUUUUGGCCAAAUUGGCUUCGACUUGGACCCUGGAACAUCAUUUUUUUUAUCACAUAUGAGCAGCUUAAGAGACUUCAGAUCUAA